AUGGCUAAAGAAAAUUAUUCCUUGACGACCGAGUUUAUUCUCAUAGGAUUUACAGAUAAUCCAUCACUGAAGAUCCUUCUGUUUUUGGUGUUCUUUGUUAUUUACUUAAUCACUAUGGUGGGGAAUCUUGGCCUAGUGGCACUAAUUUUUAAGGAUCGUCAUCUUCACACGCCAAUGUACAUCUUUUUAGGCAGCCUUGCCCUGAUGGACUCCUGUUGCUCCUGUGCCAUUACCCCCAAGAUGUUAGAGAACUUCUUUUCUAAGGAUAGAAUGAUAUCCCUGUAUGAAUGCAUGGCACAAUUUUAUUUUCUAUGUGUUGCUGAAACUGCAGAUUGCUUUCUCCUUGCAGCCAUGGCCUAUGAUCGCUAUGUGGCCAUAUGUAGCCCACUGCAGUACCACAGCAUGAUGUCAAAAAAACUUUGCAUUCAGAUGACGAUAGGGACCUUCAUAGCUAGUAACCUGCAUUCCAUGAUCCAUGUAGGGUUUCUAUUAAGAUUAACUUUCUGCAGGUCUCAUAAAAUUGACCACUUUUUUUGUGAUAUUCUUCCAUUAUAUAGACUCUCCUGUACAGAUCCUUUCCUUAAUGAAUUAAUGAUAUAUAUAUUUUCAAUGCCAAUUCAAAUUUUUACCAUUGCCACUGUCUUGAUCUCUUAUGCUUGCAUCCUUUUCACAGUUUUCAAAAUGAAAUCUAAAGAAGGAAGAGGUAAAGCACUUUCUACUUGUGCAUCCCACUUUCUAUCUGUCUCAAUAUUCUACAUUUGUCUUCUCAUGUAUAUUCGACCAUUUGAAGAAGGGAAUAAAGACAUACCAGUGGCAAUUUUCUAUACAAUAGUAAUUCCUUUAUUAAACCCCUUUAUUUAUAGUCUGAGAAAUAAGGAGGUGAUAAAUGUUCUGAAAAAAACUAUAAAAAAUUGUAAUCUUAAACUUCAUCCUCUAAGGAAAAACUAA